ACAGAGUGGACUGAACAGCAGUCAGUGAGGAAGAGAGCAGUUAAGGCACCAGCCACUCCACAGAGGACCAGCUCCUUCCUGCUCUAAGAUGUUGCACCAGAUUUGGGCAGCUCUACUCUACCUCUAUGGCAUUGUCUUUAACUCCAUCUUCCAGUGCCCUGAGCACAGACAACUGACAACUCUUGGAAUGGAUAGGAAAGAGUUUCCAGAGCCUCAUCUGGGCAAGUGGUACUUUAUAGCAGGGGCAGCUCCCACCAAGGAGGAGUUGGCGAAUUUUGACCUUGUAGACAACAUUGUCUUCAACAUGUCUGCGGGCUCCACUCCCAUGCAACUCCAGCUUCGUGCUACUGUCCGUCUGAAAAAUGGAUACUGUAAACCCCGGAAGUGGACCUACCACCUGACUGAAGGAAGCACAGAUCUCAGAACUGAAGGCCGUCCUGACAUGAUGACCAAGCUUUUCUCCAGCUCAUGUCCAGAUGGAAUCAUACUGAAAGAGACGGGUCAGGGUUACCAACGCUUCCUCUUCUACAAUCGCUUGCCAUAUCCCUCAGAGAAGUGUGUGGAGGAAUUCCAGUCACUGACCUCCUGCCUGGACUUCAAGGCCUUCUUACUGACUCCCAGGAAGCAAGAGGCUUGUGAGCUGACCAGUAACUGACCUAUGGAUUCAUCUGUGCUCCCAGAUGGAUACAGUGGGAGCUGCGAUCGUGGUAGAAAGAAAAGACUCCUGACUCCUUCUUAAGCAUAAUAAAGACGAGUUUUCAAUCUUUA